AAUUGGAAUGAUCUUUGUGGUUAGUGAUUAUCAUGAGUAGUUUCUUCAUUUUGUCUCUUUUUUUCGUUAAUUUUCAUCAGCUGUUAAAUUGCACAUGAGAAAUGUAGAUGAAGGAUAUAGUUUUGAUUUGGGCUAUAAGGGUAUUCAAUUUUCUUGUGUUUUCUUUCAUUUUCUUAGCAAACAAACAAAAGGGUAUUAUAAAAUUGGGUCAAUCCGGUAACGGUACUGGAGACUGCGGUUUCUUAAUAAAAAAUUGUCAUAUUAGUAGCAUUCAAACCUUAAAGUGGUAAUAAAUUUGAAUAGUAUACUACAUCAUCUUAGUGAAAUAGAAUGUACUUGUCUUAUACAAUAACAUUGUAAUGGCGUCUUGAAAUUACUAGGCUGGUACAAUAGUGCUCCCUGUAUGUAAAGCGUCAAUGUAAAAUUUGUGAAAGAUAUAUGCAAGUUGUAGCACAAAAGUAAGACUUUUAACGAGAUGGGUUAUAAUGUAAUAUGCUCCGUACUCAUGUAUUUAUUUUACUGGUUAGGUGCAAUGAUGUAAUCAUUUCCUUUAAAAUUUUGUUUACUGGAAUUAAUAGUGUUGAGCUUUGUUUGUUGGUGAGUGUGAGCUUAGAAUUCAAGAUUGAUGAUGAAGAUGAGGGUUGCAGUUUGUCGACACCUUUUGGUUUAGACUCAAAGGAUGAGAUGGAGUCAUCAUCACCAAUCUCUUUUUCGCGUUCAGUCAUGAAGAGCUUGGAAGAAGACACUCUGCUUGAUGAAUCAUUGAGUUUAAAGAAUCUUGGGCUGUCAGAUGUUUGUCUUGCCACUUUAGCAUCUGAAGUUGAUAAUGAUAGCACUGAUGACCAAGAUAUGUGUUUCCAAGAACCAAUGAAAUGUUACGGGGACAAACUGCAUGAGAUAAAGGAUCCAAGUCACCAUACUAUGAAGAUGGAAGGGGAACUGAAAGAUGAGCCAAUGUCCUUUGAAGCUACUGGUCCUGUAAUAAAGGUAUCGAAGGAUGACUAUGACAGCAUUCCGUCCUACAUGAAAACCCUAACUUCAUGGGAGGAUCUGCUUGUUGCUGUCGAGAAGAUCAACUCAAAAAUGAGAAAGGAGAAAACAAAAGGAUGUGACUACUUCCAGCAGGACGAAAUUGCAUCUUUGGACCUGGGACACAAAGCCAGAGCUUAUCUACUGCUGCUCACACGUCUAAAUCUUUUACGUGUUGAAACAAUCGAUGGUCGUAUAAGCUACCGAGUUCUGUGAACAGACAUGAUAUUACUAAAUAUAGGUAUAGAUAAUGCGAUCAUAUACCUUAUUCAAGUUUUACUCUCUUAGGUUCAUUAGGAGCUCCGCUUGUUUUCUUUUUGGUUACAGCAUUUUGCUUAUACAACCUUUGCUGCAUAGCAAUUAGAUUUGUAAAACUUCAUUGAUAGGUUUUUUCUUUUUAUAUUGUUUUAUGAUAUUUGUAUUUUUCAUUC